AUGGGGCUGAUUGAGGCCUUCCUAGUCCUCCUCUUCUCAUGGUUUUUUCUGGCUUCAGCAGAAAGAUCUACUUAUAUUGUCCACAUGGACAAAUCUUUGAUGCCUAAGGCUUUUUCCAGUCACCAUUAUUGGUACUCUUCCACUCUUCAAUCCAUUAAAUCAGUUGAACUAACCUCAUUAGGAGCUCAUAAUCCUUCACCGAAGCUUGUCUAUACGUAUGAUCAUGCAUUUCAUGGAUUCAGUGCAGUAAUGUCCAAAGAUGAAUUGGGAGCUUUGAAGAAGUCACUGGGCUUCCUUUCGGCUUAUCCCGAUGAUGUUGUCACACCGGACACCACCCGUACUUACAAGUUUCUUUCUCUGAAUACUGCCACAGGUAUAUGGCCAGCAUCUGAGUAUGGUAAAGAUGUGAUUAUUGGGGUUAUUGACAGUGGCAUAUGGCCAGAAAGUCCCAGCUUUAAGGAUGAUGGAAUGACUGAAGUUCCUGCAAGAUGGAAGGGAAUUUGCCAGGGAGGUGAAGGGUUCAAUUCUACAUUGUGUAACAAGAAACUCAUAGGAGCAAGAUACUUCAGUAAGGGAGUUCGGGAAGCAAAUACCGGAGUUACAAUGACGAUGGAUUCUGCAAGGGACGAUUCCGGUCACGGCACCCACGUGGCGUCCACUGCUGCUGGAAACUACGUUGACGGAAUUUCAUUCUUUGGCUACGCUGCAGGAACAGCGAGAGGAGUGGCUCCACGUGCUAGGCUUGCAGCAUAUAAAGUCCUCUGGAAUGAAGGAAACCUUGAAUCUGAUGUUCUUGCAGGUAUUGACCAGGCUGUGGCUGAUGGAGUUGAUAUACUGUCACUUUCUCUGAGUAACCGUAGGACUUAUUUGUACGAGGAUCCUAUUGCCAUAGCUACCUUCGGAGCCACAGAGAAGGGAAUCCUUGUUUCUACUUCUGCAGGAAACCGUGGUCCAAAUUUUGCAACUUUAAUCAAAGGAAUCCCUUGGGCAGUGCUAGUGGCCUCAGGAACUGUUGAUCGUUGGUUUGCUGGGACCAUAACUCUAGGGAAUGGUUUGUCAAUCACCGGAUGGAGCUUGUUUCCUGCUAGAGCCACAGUCAGAAACUUGAUUCUCACUUACAAUGAGAACUUAUCUGCCUGCAAUUCAACUGAAUUAAUUUCUGAAGCUCCUAGAGAUGGUAUCAUCAUAUGUAAUCAAUCUGAUGAAACAAUUGGCUUCGAAUUCUUAUGGCAGCAUCUCUUAGAGUCCAAGGUUCGUGCAGCUAUAAUCAUUAAUGAAGAUCCUAGCAUACUUCAUUCUCAUUCUUUUCCUUACCCUGGAGUAGUAAUUACCUCUCGAGAUGCAAAAGAUGUGAUCAAUUAUGCAUCUAACAGUGCUGACCCACAAGCAAGCAUCGAGUUCCAGAAAACAAUCUUGGAAGCAGAGCCCAUAGCUGCUCCAGCACUAUCGAAAUCCUCAUCAAGAGGUCCUGCACGAAGCUAUCCAGACAUCCUAAAGCCUGACAUAAUGGCACCAGGAGUGUUAAUCUUAGCAGCCUAUGAUCCUUAUAGUAUUGCAGCACGCAUUGGUAAGGAUACAUUGUUGGCCAGUGACUACACGCUGUUGUCAGGUACAUCAAUGGCUUGUCCUCAUAUAUCUGGAAUUGCUGCGCUUAUAAAAGCUGCGCAUCCCGACUGGAGUCCUUCAGCUAUUAGAUCUGCCAUGAUGACCACCGCAAAUCCACUUGAUAAUACUCAAAAACCCAUCAAAGACACAGGCAACAAUAAUUUAGAUGCUACACCAACUGACAUGGGGGCAGGACAAGUUGAUCCAAAUCGUGCUCUUGACCCAGGUCUCAUUUACAAUGCCACCCCACUCGACUAUGUAAAUCUUGUUUGUUCCAUGAAUUUUACUCGCGAACAAACUCAAUCAAUCAUAAGAUCAAGCUACAAUUGCUCAAAUCCAUCAUCUGAUCUGAAUUACCCAUCGUUCAUUGCUGUGUAUGAUCCUGAAGAAACAAGAAGUAAAUUAACUCAGAAAUUCCGGAGGACUGUUACAAAUGUUGGGGAUGGCGCUGCAACAUAUAAAGUUAAAGUUAAAAAAACGAAGGAUUCCAUUAUCACGGUAUUUCCAGAAACAUUGGUGUUCCAAAAGAAGUAUGAGAAGAAGAGCUAUUCAGUGACCAUACGUUUUAAGACUCAUAAGCCGAAUAAUCAUGGAUCAAUCACUUGGGUUGAGGAAAAUGAAAAGCACACAGUACGUAGUCCGUUUGUGGUGGCUCAACGGCCCUAUAUUGACUAG